AUGUCGAGAUAUCUAGCCCACUACGAAGCCCAGCUGAAGGCCCUCCUCUCCAUAUACGGACUUUCCCUCCCGAAUAUCUAUUCAUACCUGCGACACCAUCACCAUCAUGAUCAGCGACAGCAGCACCAGACCUCUCACUCAACCCGUCGGAUCCUGACCCUCGAGCACGAAAUCGACAGCGACGAGACGGCCUGGGACAUCGCAGCAGCCAAAGGCCGCGCGUUCGUGCGCAUGUUCUCCAUGCCCACGACCGCGGAGCUCCAAGCCUACCUGGACACCCUCUCGCCGCACCGCCGCAUCCCCGCCGCCAGUCCCUGGACCGAGCCCAGCGCUCUGGAGCUCUGGAACUGGACGCCCGAGUAUGCCCAGGCGAUGUACGACGAGGAGGGAUUUGCUCGACUGUUCGCGCGGGACCUCCAUGCCCGCAUCGAGGAUAACGUGUUUGUGUGUAUGUCCAACACGGAACCCACCGUGAUCGAUGGGAUGACCUAUCCUGCAACCGGAGCGUGGUACAGUAACCUCUACAACACGGCCAGCGGCAUCAUCAUCGCCGAUAAUCUGAUGAGUCCGAUGGGGGUCUCGAGGAUGGGAGCCGGAGAGUUCCAGGAAGAAGGCGCAGGGCUCAUAAACUCCCGACUGGCCCCGUCGUGGCUCAUCCAUCUCAAACAGUGGUCCGACGUCACUUUUCUGAUGUGGACGCGCCUCGCCGAGCGGGCGGGCGUGCAAGUCGAUUCCAUCCGCUAUAUCUUCCACGCUGGGGUCAGCAACCCACUCACCAAACAGGUGGUCAGGCGGGCGCUGGCGAGGGCGGGCCAGUCGCUGGGCGGCUGGGAUCGCGUGGUGACGUUCCCCGUGGAGGAUGAUAGCAUUGGUAGUAGUGAAGAAGGGACGGCGAUUCUGGGGACCCCGAAUGGUAGCGCCACCGGCUGGUUCAUCGCACAGCAUCGGGAGCAAUUGGGACGGCGGAAGGUGGUGAGUGUCUCGGUCUUCGGGGAGCUGGGCACCCCUGUUUCUACUGAAUGUUUGAGUUUGUAUUUUACUUUGGAUGAGCCGCAGAGGUGA